AUGAGCACUUCUGGAAAAGUUAUAAAGUGCAAAGCUGCGGUGGCCUGGGAAGUAGGCAAGCCACUUUCUAUUGAAGAGAUAGAAGUUGCCCCACCAAAGUCUCAUGAAGUCCGUGUGAAGAUAAUUGCCACAGGGAUAUGUGGCACGGAUGAGCAUGUUCUGACUGGCUCUUUCCCUAAAGUAGAGUAUCCUGUAAUUCCUGGCCAUGAAGGAGCUGGAAUUGUGGAGAGUAUUGGUGAGGGGGUGACUUGCGUGAAACCAGGAGACAAAGUGAUCCCCCUCUGUCUGCCUCAGUGUGGAGAAUGUAAUUCAUGUCUGAAAUGGAAGACCAACUGUUGCCUGCAAACCCACCUUUGCAACCCGCAAAACCUGAUGCUGGACAAAACCAGCAGGUUCACCUUCAAAGGGAAGCAAAUUCAUCACUUCCUUUGGAUAAGCACCUUCUCGGAAUAUACAGUCAUGCCUGACUCGACCGUGGUUAGAAUUGAUGAUGCUGCCCCUCUGGAUAAAGUCUGUCUCUUUGGCUGUGGCUUUUCCACAGGUUAUGGGGCUGCCAUCAACACAGCUAAGGUCACUCCUGGGUCUACCUGUGCCAUCUUUGGCUUGGGAGGAGUUGGUCUUUCUGUUGUCAUGGGAUGCCAAGCAGCAGGAGCAUCCCGGAUCAUUGGCAUUGAUAUUAACAAGGAGAAAUUUGGAAAGGCUAAGGAAUUGGGAGCCACGGAAUGCUUGGACCCUCAGGAUUACAAGAAGCCCAUUCAAGAAGUGCUGGUUGAAAUGACCGGCCAUGGUGUUGACUAUGCCUUUGAAGUCGUGGGAUGCUUGGAUACAUUGACAGCUGCUCUGGCAUCCUGUCACAUGGGCUGUGGUGUCUGCGUGAUGGUUGGCGUCCCUCCCCUGGACUCGCUUCUCUCCUUCGAUCCUUUGCUGCUUUUUACAGGACGCACGUUGAAAGGGAGCUUCAUUGGAGGCUGGAAGAUGAAAGAUGCCAUUCCUCAACUGGUGUCCAGUUACAUGGAAGGAAAACUGAAAACAGAUGUUUUAAUUACUCACACUUUGUCAUUCAGCGAGAUUGAGGAAGGGUUUAAUUUGUUUCAUGCUGGAAAGAGUAUCCGUAUUGUCCUGCUGUUUUAAGCUGCUGUAUGGGAGUUU